UAUGUGAUUGGUCGAUUGGGUAUUUGUUUCACAGCUCAAUGGCCACGGCCCAGGGGAUAGGGUUUGAUGUUACGCCUUACGCAUAUAAAAAUUGAUUCAUCUCCACCGUAGGGUUGCAGUACAGCGUAGAGGCGGAGGAGAAGCCGGCAAAUCAGGGGACGAUUGCUUCACGUAAUAACGGCUUCAAAAGUCAACCAACCCCAGAUGGAUGGAGAAAAGAAGAAUGGAUCAGGAAACGAGACACAAGACAUGGAUCAAGAUGAAGGACAGCUUGAAUCCAGUGUAGAUAAUUUUUCUUUGAAUACGUUGGCCAAGGAUAUAAAUAAAAUUAUGAGGUGUACUGGAUCCUUGGUAAACAAGUUUGAAGAUCUGGGCACUCGCUUACAACGUAUCGAUGCGGAGUUGAAAAAAUAUCAACCAAAGCCAACGCCUGAGAUUCCUACAGAGGAGAAGCCAUCUCCUUACGACCCAAACAUACGUCUACCAACAUUCCCUGACAAUUUUAAUCUUGAUGUCUUUUGCAACUGGGUUAAGGAGAUAGAAUUCUAUUUUGAGUAUUAUUGUGUCCCAGAGCAUGAAAAAAUAGACCUUGUAGCCAACACAUUGCCACUUGAAGGAGAGGCUUUUCAAUGGUGGCAAGAUAUCCAACAGCUAAACAAGAAACUCUAUAAAAAUUAUCACAUUCAGUGGACAGGGAUGAAGAUGCUGUUUAUGGAUAAAUUCCUUUCUCCAUAGAUUGUUUGAUAGCCAACCAAAAAUCCAAAGUUCGAAUUUAUUUAUCUAGGGAAAAUGGAAUUGCAUGUAUUGGAAUUUAAGGAAAAAAUGGUUGUUUGCUUGAAAAUAGUUGGAUAUUUAUAUAUACUAGGAACAUUUGAAGGGCCGUGGGUAUUGUUAAAAACCGACUUAAUGCAAAAAUUAGAAUUUAUUCACACUGGAUUUGAUUUUCUACAUAUAAUGAUUUGGUUUAGAAAGCA